AUGCUUCUAGCUCCGAACAGCAGCUUUAAGCUGCUGCUGCUGCUGCUGCUGCUGCUCUUCCCCUCCACGCAGCAGCAACUCUCCGUUAACAAUGGCAGCAGCAGCAGCAGCAGCAGCAGCAGCAUGCUGCUGGCUGCUGCCGUAGCAGAGCCGUUGGGGUCCCAGGAGCAGCAGCAGCAGCAACAGCAGCAGCAGCAGCAGCAGCAGCGCAGCAGCAGCAGCAGCAGCAGCUUCAAUGCGACGAAGCAGCAGCAGCAAACGGCGACAUGUCAUGCCCGCGUCUCUCUGCUGCGUCUACCGCAGCAGCAGCAGCACCAGCACCAGCAGCAGCAGCAGCAGCAGCAGCAGCAGCAGAAGAGGAGGGAGCUUGCUGCAGCCUGCUGGCAGCAGUAG